AUGCAUUAUUUUCUGGGCCAAAUGGUAUUAUUUGACAGUGAAUUUUUUUUUUGUAAGUUUGUUUUUUUAUUUAAGGCUACUUAAUGGCGGACGAUUUACAAAAUUAUAAGUUGCAAUUGCAGCAGGUAGAAGCUGCUUUGCUAACGGACUCUGAAAACGAGGAACUCUUAAAGCUGAAAAGGGAUUUAGAAGAAGUUAUUGAACUCACACGCGAUUUAAUAAAAACACAACUAGAGGAGCAAAGAAAAUCAGCGUAUGUUGAACCGUCUGCUUCUAAAGCUACAUAUGACGAGAUUGAAGCAGCUCUUUUGGAGGCUGAAAAGUUAAUCACUCCAGGGAAAACUUGGAAUAUAGGUGACAAAUGCCAAGCUAAGUGGACAGAAGAUGGUCAAUUUUACGAUGCCACAAUAGAAGGAAUAACUGAAGAUGGCGAAGUAAGUGUAAUUUUUGAUGCUUAUCAAAAUCGAUCUACCACAAACCUAAAGGAAUUACGUGAAAGGACAGCGCGAAAUGAAGUAUUCCCCUCACAUAAACGACAUAGGCCUAAUCAGAAGGAGUACCUGAAAAAAAGAAAACAAAAAAAAUUGCAGCGGUUCAAGGAAUUAGAAGAAGAACGCGAAAUGGACAAAAACAAAUGGCUUAACUUUACAACUAAGAACGCAAAACGGCCUGGAAUGCAGUCAAAGAGCAUCUUUGCAUCUCCAGAUAAUGUAUCCGGUCGCGUUGGAAUUGGAACCUGUGGUGUCUCUGGCAAAGGAAUGACAGAUUAUACUAUGGGGGAAAAAUACCGGAAGGGGCUGUAGUUGUAACGUUUAUAAUUUGAAAUUUGCACUGCCAGGGCGAAUUUUUGGAAUGCAUCAACAUGGUAUCUUCAAGUCUUGUUCAAUUUCUUGUUAAACUAAGUAUGUAAUAUAUAAAUAAGUGAUUUGAAUACAUAUUGUUUUUUUCAAUAUUUGAAGGAAAUAGGCGGACAAUUCACAAAAUUAUGGAAAAUUUAUAUUAUAGCAAUCAAUCCGUUGAAACAUCAUAAGCUUUUCUGUCCAUUGCAGUCCAGAC